AUCCCCCCGCCGUUUCUGCGUGUCACGUGGUUUUCAGCGUGGAUGUAUCCUUUGCGAGUGGUUUCAUUCGUAUUAACAAAACUCUCUAUUCCGACACCACCGAGCGCGCUUGUGAGUACUUUAGGGCGGUUUCGGUCGCAGUCCGGCGGCUUUUGUUCCCCCCGGGUUGGCAUUAGUCGCUCAGCACGUGGAUACAUGUCCAGUAAAGCCAAGAGAGUCUGCAGUGAAAACAUGACGGUGAAGAAGAUCGGAACUCACAACGGAACCUUCCACUGCGACGAGGUGCUGGCCUGCUUCAUCCUGCGCCAGCUGCCCGAGUACACGAAUGCUGAGAUUGUUCGGACCAGGGACCCAGGACUUCUGUCAGACUGUGACAUUGUUGUAGACGUUGGAGGAGAAUUUGACCCAACGAGACACCGCUAUGAUCAUCAUCAGAGGAGUUUUGCAGAGACGUUCAACAGCAUCCGUCCGGAGAAGCCGUGGGUGACCAAGCUCAGCUCUGCCGGCCUGGUCUAUCUGCAUUUUGGUCGUCGACUGUUGGCUCAGCUGACAGAGCUGAAAGAGGACGACGGGCAGUUGGAGAUGUUGUAUGACAAGCUCUAUGAGAACUUCGUGGAGGAGGUGGAUGCGGUAGACAAUGGCAUCUCACAGCGUGAUGGAGAGGCUCGUUACGCCAUCUCCACCACACUGGGCGCACGUGUCGCACACCUGAAUCCUCGCUGGAACAGCAAGACUCAGGAUACUGAUGAGGGUUUCAGGAAGGCAAUGAAGAUGGUUGGGGAGGAGUUCCUGGACCGCCUGGAUUUCUACAAAUCCUCCUGGCUACCAGCUCGCACACUUGUGGAGGAAGCCAUUAAGGAGAGACAUCAGGUUGAUCCCAGUGGGGAGGUGGUGGUGUUCUCCCAGGGUGGCUGUCCCUGGAAGGAGCAUUUGUUUGCCCUGGAGAAGGCGCUCAAGAUAGAGACUCCUAUCAAGUUUGUACUUUAUGCAGACCAGAAUGGCCAGUGGCGGGUCCAGUGUGUUCCUGCUGGGCUUAACACCUUCCAGAAUAGGCUGUCUCUGCCGGAAGAGUGGCGUGGGGUACGAGAUGAGGCGCUGUCGGAGCUCAGUGGGAUUAAGGACUGCAUCUUCGUCCACGCCGGAGGCUUUAUUGGUGGGAACAAGACCCAGGACGGAGCCCUGGAGAUGGCCAGGAGGACCCUGCAGGCCGCGGCCAAGUCCCCGGCCAAUGGAAGCAGCUGAACGGUUACAGAGGACAGCAAAUACUUUCUUGUGUCAAUUAUUAGAGAGGAGAGCGAGGAGUAAUGUCUUGGUUUACUAUUGUUCAAGUUGUGUUUUUUUUUUACUGCCAUGACAGCUGGUUCGGUAUGGAAAAGUUGGCCAGAUAAACAUCCAAGUUCCAAGUUUUGUAAAGACUUGCAACCCAACCCUAAGUUACUGCCACAACGUUGACUCAUGUUCCUUUUCUACCCACAUGUUCUUGUAUUUGGUUCUGGUUUCAUUUGCAAUAAAAUUAUGGAUUGUG